GAAAUUAAACAGGUCGCAGUUGCAGGGCAGGAUCGCGUCGCCAUCUGUAGAAAAGGAAAUAUAGUUAUUAAUAAUUUUUCUCGAUAUUAAACCUCCCACGCGGCUCCUCCAGCGGAUGGUAAAGCGUUUAUAGCACUGAAAGCAAGACAUCGUCGAGUUUGUGUGGGUUUGAGCAGGAUUUGUCGUGUGGAAACGGCUGACGGAGAUAUGGACUCUGGUGCAAGAAGCAAAUCAAGCAGAGAUCUGAAGAUUCAUCGACCUGAAAAUGAGAAGGUUUCUGCCGCUGGACCCAAAAGAGUUCCUGUAACCCAGAGCGUGCAGAAGCCAGUGUCGAACCCACACACGCGUGUUCUCGGCGCUGCACAGGGACCACAGCGUAUCCAACGUCCUGUUGGGAAAACCUCUUGUCCUGGAGACCAGAACACUCGUCCAGAACAGCACAAACCAGCAGCGCACAGCAAACCACAGCCAAAACCACCGCUGUCAGCGGAGACCAACAAAACUGCAGAACCCAGCAAACAGGAUAAACCUCACCAAACUCCUUCCAGUACUACUUCUACCUCCUCCAACACCAGUGGAUCAUCGAAGAGUUCAAAAAAAGCCUGGACUUUGGAGAAUUUCGACAUUGGCCGCGCUCUGGGCAAGGGGAAGUUUGGCAGCGUGUAUCUGGCCAGAGAACAGCAGACCAAGUUUAUUCUGGCGCUCAAAGUUCUGUUCAAGAAGCAGCUGGAGAAAGCAGGAGUGGAGCAUCAGCUGCGCAGGGAGGUGGAGAUACAGUCACAUCUCAGACAUCCCAAUAUCCUGCGUUUGUAUGGUUAUUUCCACGACGCGGCCCGUGUUUACCUCAUCCUAGAGUUUGCUCCUAAAGGAGAGCUGUAUGGAGAACUGCAGCGCUGCGGGACGUUCGAUGACCAGAGAAGCGCCACGUAUAUAAUGGAGUUGGCGGAUGCUCUGAGAUACUGCCACUCGAAGGCUGUGAUCCACAGAGAUAUUAAACCUGAAAACCUGCUGCUGGGAGCCAAUGGAGAGCUGAAGAUUGCAGAUUUUGGCUGGUCCGUCCACACGCCCUCCUCCAGGAGGUCGACGCUGUGCGGCACACUGGACUAUCUUCCUCCAGAGAUGAUAGAAGGUAAAACACACGAUGAGAAGGUGGAUCUCUGGAGUCUUGGAGUGCUCUGCUAUGAGUUUCUGGUUGGCAGGCCACCUUUUGAAACAAAGAGUCAUGAAGAGACGUACCGCAAGAUUUCUAGAGUUGAGUUUACUUAUCCAGCUCAUGUGAGCAACGGCAGCAGAGACCUGAUCAAUCGACUACUCAAGCACAACCCAAUGCACAGACUCCCCAUCCAGGGAGUAAUGGAGCACCCGUGGGUUGUGGAAAACUCCACCAAGAAACCAACCACUUACACCGCCACCGCCAACAACUGAGGCCUGCUGGGAUUACACUGAAACCUUCUCCACGCAUGUGACUUUAUUGGACUAAUAUGGCAAUAAGUGUUGAUGGUCUGUGCUGCCACGCUUUCACAUAACUUUAUGAUUUGUCUGUUGUUUUUACAUGUUGUGCUGUUUAUGUGCUUCAGUUUGCAAGUAUUUGUAAAUAUGUAAUUAAGACAAUUUGUAAAGUUGUAUCCAUUACUUGAAACAAAUGUCAUUUCUUUUAUUGUAAUGGCUUUUAAGAAUUUGAAUAAGAAACUUAAUGUAUUUUGUCUGUUUGGAAAUAAAUUCAUUUUAAGAG